AUGAGACUUUAAAAUUAAUUAUUUAUGCAAAUUCUUUUGUUUGAAUAAAAAUAUUAAUUAAUCUUCCAACUUGUAAAUUUAAUUAUGUAAACAAGAAAUUGGAAAAAGAAAAAACAACUCUUAGAAAAACUGGCUCAAAAAAAUGAAGCAAGUAUUAGAGCGAUAAAUAAUUGAUAGUAGCAAUGGCAAAAAAUGACCAGUAGUUAUUUGACAGUAAUAGGGAAUUUUUCUAGAGGUUCUAAACUUUCUAUGAGAAUGUUAAGGAUAUUAAGAUUCCGUCCUUAUAGUAAUCUAUUUUUGUAUUCAGGUUUCUGAAAGAAUAAUUUCAUAUCUCUGAAUUAUUAACUGACUAAGAAGUGUACAAGUUACAAAGGGAUUUACAUGAAUAAUGGACUCCAAAGUUAAGAAAGAAUUGGACUGACGAUGAUAAAUAGAUUCUCAUUUGGGUAGUAUUGAAAAUUUGUUAAAGAGAGGGAAUCAACAUUAGAAAAAUUGUAAAAUGUACUCUUAUUUAAAGCAUAAUAAAAUUUGGGAAGAAGUAGUGUAGUUGAUCAGUCGUCGUACAGUUGAAUAAUGCAAAAAUAAAUGGACCGAUUUAUUAAAAUUAUCAUUAUAAUAAAUACCUUGGACUGAAGAGUAAGAUCGAUUGUUGCUCGAUUUAAUUAAGUAAAUUUUAUCAACUAAUAUUAAGAAAAAGCAAAGAGGAGGGCAAGUAAAACAAAUGGUGCAGUUUAGCCAAUUUACUCAAUCUCUAGUUUAAAGAAUCACCCAGGACAGGAAAGUAAUGCAGAGAAAGAUGGAAUAAUCAUUUGAAUCCUGACAUAAAUAGAUAUCCUUGGAGUCUUGAGGAAGACAUAGAAUUGCUGGAAAUAGUGAAAAAACAUCAAAGAAAAUGGGCUUUUAUCUCAAAAAAUUUAAAGACUAAAAGAAGUGAAAAUGCAGUUAAAAAUAGAUUUAAUUGUUUACUGAAAAAAAAUCAUUGCACCUCUAUUACUGCCCUCCUAAAUAUCCUCAAAAGCAGAUUUAAAUUUGAGAAUCCAGCUAUUCCUGUAUCAUCUCUUAAGAAACAGAAGGCCCAUUAUUAUUAUCCAAAAUAAUAGGAUCAUACCAAAUAAUAAUAUAAUAAUUAGACAAAAAAUCAUACACCAUUUACAAUAGGGAUAUUUGAUACUCUGAAUUUCUGCGACCUCAAUAAUCUUCAGCCUGCGUUUUACAAUCCAAAUGCAUAAACUAUUAUUAUGAGCACUAAACAGCAAUUAUAAAAUUACCUUAAUACUCAAAUGGUUAAAGUUGAAAAUGAAGUCGUCUUGAAUUUUGUUGGAGAAAUCAAUAAUCAAUAGCCAGAACUAUUGAAUAAUGUUUCCAGCAUCCUGAAUAUUAAUGAUUCUUCCAAUUUUGUGAGGUAUGUACCAAGCAUAAUUCCAAUUCUGGCGACAAAUUCAUUAGGAAUCGAUGAUAAAAAGUAAUCAAUAAUUUUUGAUCUAGGUCUCAAUUCAACAUUCCUGGAUUACAAGUCUAGAAUAAUCAAUAAAAUGGACUUUCAAGAAAUAAGAAUUGUAGUUCAUUCUCAUACUUUUCAACGUAAUCAUAAAAUGAUAAUACAGAUAAAUCAAUUCAAAAUAAUAGCCCAAAGCAAGAUUAAAAUGAAAUUAGUAAAUAAUAAAUUGAGUUUGCAAUUAAUUAAUGA